UCUGAAUCACUCACACAGGUGAAUGAGGGUGUGGCAGUGUUGUCAUUACCUGGUGGACAGACAAUUCAGGUGCAGAGAGUCAUGCAAACAACUCAGGCCUCAGUUAUACAGCCACCUCACAUACAAACUGUACAGGUACACACAUGACUUUAUUUAGGCAAUACAUUUGAAUUGUGCUUAAACCUGAUCAAUUUCAAUAUUAACACUAGCAACCCAUUUUAAUUCUGUAAUUUCAGAGUGAAUCAGUAUAUUCAACAAGAAAAAAUGUUGGGAAUUUAAUGGAUCAUGAAAAGUGGGAGUUACAUACAGGAGUGGAGCCAGAUGGUAGUGAGGGAGGGGUUAAAAAAGUAAGAGGGAUUUUGUGACUUCAGCCGAAAAAUAAUUUUUUUUAGGCGGCGCAAGUUAUUACAUUUUAAUGAAAUAUUAUGAAGACAGAGGGCGCAUCCCAAAUCGCACACUUCUGCACUAUUCUAUGCCAUUUUGUAGUGUAAGUAGUGCAAGUAGUAUUUUUAAUCUGAAAAUGCAACAAAAAGAAGUUUACUACGAGUACCCGGAUGAUGCAUUUCUUCAACCGAAAAAAACGUUGUGCAACGUUGGACACUUCAUGCACUCAACGGUUGCGGCUUGUGCUACGUAGCGGAAGAAGCGGAUAUAUGGGGCCAUGAUGCUGGUCUGACUAAACAAUUGUAAUUAAAGGUGAAUGUGGCAACUAGCGAAACUUCUGUGAAGACAGCACCUUACAAAUGUAGCUGCUACUGGUGGCUCGGGUACAACACCAUCAGAUCCUCAGAAGAGGAGGGAGAUUCUGUCCAGACGACCUUCUUAUAGGAAAAUUCUUAACGAGUUGUCAUCAGAUGUACCUGCUGUGCCAAAGAUUGAGGAAGAGGACAAAGUGGAGGAGGAAGCCCCAACCACCUCCAGUGUUGCUAUGGUGACAGCACCAUCUUCAAUUUACCAGACAAGUGCAGGGCAAUACAUUGCAAUCACUCAUGGUGGAGCGAUACAGCUGGCAGGGCCUGGAGGAGAGGCCUUGCAGGGGGUUCAGGCUCUGACUCUUCCAAGCCCUGCCAGACCGCAGCCUGGGGCAACUAUUCUGCAGUAUGGGUCCCAGCCCAGAGACCCUGGACAACAGCUACUGCUGUCUGCUGGACAGGUGCUCGUUCAGGCUGCCACAGGAGACAUGCCAGCAUAUCAGAUCCGCUCCCCGUCGUCAGGGCUACCGCCAGGCGUAGUUAUGGCAGCGUCACCGGGUGCAAUGCACAGCCCGCAGCAGAAUGCAGAGGAGGUCACACGCAAGAGGGAAGUCCGCCUGAUGAAGAACAGAGAGGCGGCGCGUGAGUGUCGCAGAAAGAAGAAAGAAUAUGUGAAGUGUUUGGAGAAUCGUGUUGCUGUGCUGGAAAACCAGAACAAGACUCUCAUAGAGGAACUCAAAGCUCUCAAAGACAUCUACUGCCACAAGCCAGAAUAACACACUCACAAACACUGCUGACUCUGACUGAUUUACAGACUACUUUUGUCUUCUUCUUUGCCUGGAUUUUAUGUUUUUUGUUAAUUUGUUUGGCCAAAUAUUGCUGUAAGUAGUUGCUACCGUUGCUUUGAGGAUGCUGAGGUCUACUGCUGCCUGCUUCUUAGGCCUGUUUCACACAGCAUGCAAAAGUAGCAUGUAUUUAUUUUGGGGUAUUUAUUUCAGCACUGUAAACCUAUUUAUCAACACAAUCUUUUACAAUAUUGACUUGUAUGAAGCAACAGAAAAUACUGCUCACCCAUUAUUUGAAAUAAGACAUCUGUUGGGCUUGAUGCAAGUUCCACACGCCUACUCCUGAUAAUCAUUUUUUAAUUUAUGGUAGUUAUUAAAAGUAAUUCUCAAUUUAGUAACCCAAAAAUCACUUAAUUUUCUGUUUAGAGCCGAAGCUAUCUUACGCAGCAUGUCAGUGACUUGGCAGUGUGGCACUGUGGAUAUUGUUUGCUUUUGUAUGACGAAUUACUUACGUUCCUCAUGUAAUUCACUUCGGAUAAAAGUGUCUGCUAAAUGAGUAAAUGUAAAUGUGUGAAAGCACAACACAAUCGCUGCUAAUUCGCUGAUGUGAAACAGGCCUUAUCCUGUCUCUUUCUGUCACAUACACACAUUCAUGUAAAGAUGGAUAAAGGAGUAUAUUAUUGCUGUUUUCUGUGUUUCAAAGAAACUGGAACUCCUCAUUGAAAUGUGUGGAUAAAUGAAUUGGUGUUUUUCAUUUUUUAAAUGGUUGAAAUGAAAGAAAAGUUUAUUAAUAAGUGUUAUUUUUCAAGUUGUCUCCACAUAGCAUUUUUUUUUCUAUGGAUGUUUUGUCAAUUUGUUUGAGUGUGCAAUGGAUAAAUUGAACUUGUGUUUUAAGAUGUUAAUUAGCAGUCAUAAUGGAUGAAUGUAACAAUAAUUGAAUACUGACCUGAACUUUACCAGGAUGAAACAAAAAAAGAAAAGUGUGGCUCUGAGCAGUACGGCAGAUUACAUAAUGCUGACAUUAUGCUUAUGACUGCUCAUAACACCCUUAAUUAUAUAUAUAUCUCACCGUAUAAAACACCAGCACAUCUUUGUCAAUAACCUAGAAUUUCCACACACAAAAACUGUGUAACACUGUUAUGAAGAAUAGUUACUUCAGUGAAAUUGAGAAAUAUUGCUUUUGAUGUAAGAUUGAAUAUUUUUUCAAUUCUCUUUACUACAUUUUUCUUUCAUUGUUUAUCAUUAUUUUAAAGCAAAGAGGCAUUUGUGGGUUAUAGAGUGCACAUUCUCUGAAUCAGACAGGUGGCAUUAACUCUGAACUGAGUUUCUCUUAUUUCAACUAUUGGGAUGUUGGUGUGUGUUUGUGUGUGUCUUCUGUUCUUCAAACUAUGCUAGUCAUGACCUCAUCUUCACUUACAGCCAAUUGCGUUUCUGUGUUUUUAUUAAAUAUUUUAUGCAGUCUGGGCAGAAAACAGAAAUUGAAUAUUGUUUAAUAUUUAAAUAGUAGAUGGUUUUAAUUAAUCUCUCAAUUAGACUCUUCAGAUUGAUGUUAAUAUAAAUACAGAUUAUAUCUCCUUCUCAUCUUUAACACUGUACAGAGCUCUGACAUUUAUAUUUAAUAAAAUAUUUUUUAUAUAUGUACAUAAUCUGCCUACAAUUUAUGAUGAAACCUGCAAUAUGAGAAGCACUAUUGUUUGUUUUUCUUUGUGUCUUUGGGCUGUAGCAAUGAAUGUUGCAGAUGUCUUUUAAUUACAAAAUUACUCAAACACA